GCGUAAUUGUGUAUUUUGUUUACACUUUUAAUUUUAUUUUUAUUAGCGAUAUUAAUAUUAACAGUAAAUAGUCAUGGCUUUAACUGGAUUCCUAGAUUUUUUCCAGAAAGGAAAGACCUUCAGACCCAAAAAGAAAUUUGCUCAUGGAACAAUACGGUAUAGUCUGUAUAAACAAGCUCAAGCUAGUUUAAAUUCAGGAAUUAAUUUAAGAAACGCUGUAAAACUACCCCAGGGUGAAGAUUUAAAUGACUGGAUAGCAGUUCAUGUUGUGGACUUCUUCAAUCGUAUUAAUCUCAUCUAUGGCACCAUAUGUGAGUUUUGUACCGAACAGACCUGUCCAACGAUGUCAGGGGGGCCCAGAUUCGAGUAUCUCUGGGCCGACGGCGAUAAGUUUAAAAAGCCAACACCGCUGCCUGCCAAAGAGUACAUCAGUUAUCUCAUGGACUGGAUUGAAAUUCAGAUAAAUAAUCAAGAUGUGUUUCCCUGCACCAGUGAUAGACCUUUUCCAAAGAACUUCACGUCUGUAUGUAGUAAGAUUUUGGCAAGACUGCAUAGGGUGUUUGUACAUGUGUAUAUACAUCAUUUUCAAAAUGUUGUUACAAUUGCAGCAGAAGCACACGUGAACACAUGUUACAAGCAUUUCUACUACUUUGUGACGGAAUUUGAACUAAUUAAUAGAAAAGAGCUAGAACCGUUAACAGAAAUGGCUCAAAGGAUUUGCAAAGAUCCUCCAACUUAAUGUCAUCCAGAUAGUGACAAUAAGUAAAUAUUUAUUAUCUUGACUAAUAUUAACAAUGCUCAAAGAUCAAUCGGGAAUAUUAAUUAUACAACUUUUGUUUCGAUGUGAUGAUGAUGAUGAUGAUGUAGAAAAGUAUACAAAAACUAUUGGGUAUUUUUAUGAACGUGUUCUUGUAUAUUUUUUACUGCAGAUGUGUUUACGCAUGAGCACUAAAGAUUCUUUCAGGUUUGUUCGCGUAGCGAAGCUCUGAUAACUUUGUGAUAUACCUACAUUGAGGUAUAGUUGCAUUUUCUUGUAUUGCAUUCGCUUUGUAAAAACGCAUCGCAUAUGAUACAACAACAAUUGGGCACCCAUUUAGUCAAAUCAAUAAAAUGUC